AUCUCCUGACAACCAAAAUAAAAUUCUCAGUUGUACUUUUAAAACGUUAAUCCGCAAUCAUGGCUCCUGCAAAACUCAAAUAUUAACUAAACAACUUGUAUAAGCACCAAUUCACCGACACGAUCUACCAAAAGAAAAAAAAAUGGCGGCCAAUUUCUGGACUUCUUCUCACUUUAAACAGCUUUUGGACCCGGAAGAGGUGGAUGUUGUACCUCAGCAAGAUAAAGAUAAAGGCAUCACUCUUGAAGAAUUUAAGCUCAUUAAGAUCCAUAUGGCGAAUUAUAUAAUGAAACUGGCUCAACAUGUUAAAGUGAGGCAAAGGGUUGUGGCAACUGCAGUUACAUAUAUGAGACGUGUCUACACCAGAAAGAGCAUGACUGAAUAUGAUCCACGCCUUGUUGCUCCUAGUUGCUUAUAUUUGGCAUCCAAGGCAGAAGAAAGCACAGUGCAGGCUAAACUUCUUGUAUUUUACAUUAAAAAUUAUGUAAUUACUUCUGCUGAUGAAAAGUAUAGAUGUGAAAUCAAAGACAUACUUGAAAUGGAAAUGAAGAUCUUAGAAGCACUUAACUAUUAUUUAGUUGUAUUUCAUCCUUACCGCACAUUGUCCCCGUUGUUGCAGGAUGCUGGCAUGAAUGAUACAAAUAUGACUCAGAUAUCUUGGGGACUUCUAAACGAUACAUACAAGAUGGACCUUAUUCUCACACAUCCACCGUAUUAAACUACUCAGUCAUACCA